GCCACCAUGGUGCACUGGACAGCCGAGGAGAAGCAGCUCAUCACCAGCCUCUGGGGCAAGGUCAACGUGGAGGAAUGUGGUGCCGAGGCCCUGGCCAGGCUGCUGAUCGUCUACCCCUGGACCCAGAGGUUCUUUGACAACUUUGGGAACCUCUCCAGCCCCACGGCCAUCACGGGCAACCCCAAGGUCCGUGCCCAUGGCAAGAAGGUGCUCACCUCCUUUGGGGAGGCCAUCAAGAACCUGGACAACAUCAAGAACACCUUCUCCAAGCUGUCCGAGCUGCACUGCGAGAAGCUGCACGUGGACCCCGAGAACUUCAGGCUCCUCGGGGACAUCCUGAUCAUCGUCCUGGCUUCCCACUUCGCCAGGGAUUUCACCCCCGCUUGCCAGUUUGCUUGGCAAAAGCUGGUCAAUGUGGUGGCCCAUGCCCUGGCCCGCAAGUACCACUGA